CUCUCUCUCAGCCCGUACAUCUCCUGCUGGUGACUCGCCUACCAUGGCAACAAAUUCAAAAUAUACGCCCGCACCACAGCGGGACUCGCUAGACUCGCGCCCGUAUACCCAGAGCCCUCCAUCGUACCAGGCAACAUCCGGCUCAACGGGUGGCCUUCUCGACGGCCAUCCCCGCUACGAAGAUGAUAACGUCCCUGAUGAUUUCAAGUUUGGAAACUCUGUCGCAGAAACAACUCUUCCCAUCCGGAUGCAAUUCAUCCGCAAGGUCUACUUUAUCUUAUCUCUCCAGAUCCUCUUCACCACAGUCGUAAGCUGUGUUUCCUUCGUCAGUGACAGCUACCGCAGCUGGAUCCAGUCACAUUCUUGGCUGGUGCUCGUCUCCGCCGUCAGCGCUCUGGUAUUCAUGGGCCUUACCUACUGGAAACGAAAGAGCUACCCCACCAACCUCAUCUUCCUCAGCAUCUUCACGGCCCUUGAAGCCUACGCCAUCAGCGUCGUGACCUCUUUCUACGAUGCCCGUGUCGUCCUCCUGGCUCUCAUUUUGACCCAAGGCAUCUUCGUCGCACUAACUCUUUUCGCCUGCCAAACCAAGUAUGACUUCACAAGCUGGGUCCCGUAUCUCUUCGGCGGGCUUUGGUUCCUGAUCCUUUUCGGCUUCGUAGCCGCCUUCAUGGGGCCGAGCAGUAAAGUUGAGCUGGUGUACGGUGCGGUGACAGCACUCCUGUUCAGCGCUUAUGUCCUGGUGGAUACCCAACUGAUCAUGCGCCACUACCAUGUUGAGGAGGAGAUUGCCGCCGCCAUUUCCCUGUACCUGGAUAUUGUAAACUUGUUCCUCGCCAUCCUGCGGAUCCUGAAUAGUCAAAGUAGUGACUGA